AUGUCGAAGCCCAUUGUUGACGAAGUGCAUAUUAGGCAUUGUAUGCUGCUUUUUUUCGACCAGGGUAUGAAUGCUACUAAAACAACGGAAUCAAUUAUUGAUCUUUAUGGCAGUGUCUUAGCGGUAAACAAAUGUCAACGGUGGUUUCGAAAAUUUAAGUCUGGCGACAGAAACCUGCAGGAUGCUCCUCGAUCUGAAAGACCAUCGAACUUUGAUGACGACAUUUUGAAGUCACUGGUUGAAAGUGAUGCAAGAUUAAUCAUUGAAGAAGUGUCACAAAAACUCCAUUCUCCAUGGUCGACAGUGCAAGAGCAUUUAAAACGCAUUGGCAAAACAAACAGAAUGGGAAUUUGGACACCACAUGAAUUGUCGGACGAUAAUAAGGAGCAGAGAAAAACAAUCUGCAAUUCUUUGUUGAUAAGAUACAGAAAUGAACCUUUUUGCACCGUGUUGUAA